CGUACUUUUGGCCCGUGAACACAAGAUCAGUCAUCAAAGAUGAGGAGGAUUCUGCUUCUCUUGUUUUUUGUUUCUGUUGCUGUUGUCUUUGCUAUGAGGAAAAGACUGGCCCAUUGCUCACUUCUGCUGGAACAGGUCUGUUACCUCCAAGGCCAUGAUCCCCAGUGUGGAACCAACAAUUUUACCUUUUAUAACAAAUGCGAAUUUGCGCAAUUUCACUGUAAGAAUCCGUACAUUCACCUUGCCCACAACGGCUCAUGUUACGCCAAUAGCCACUCUCAUCAAAUGACUCACGGACAGGAAUUGGUGUUUGAACUCUUCUGCAAAACAGUGACGUCACACCCUUGUAACGAUGACUUUGCAGAGGUUUGUGCCUCCGAUGGUCACACUUAUAUCAAUCACUGCUUCUUUGAAACUCACCGUUGUCUUCAUCCUGAGUUGACCAUUGUGUCUGAGUCACCGUGUACAACGAAUCCAGUGGGAUAGAAGUAGGAGAGUAAAGCUGAAAGCUACAUUGUACAUACACAUGAUAAAGCAGUGCCUAGA